AUGGAUGAGCUCAUGGAGGUGGUGUCAGAGACAGAGGAGAUGAAGGCAGAGCUGGAACAGCAGCAACUGCAGGAGCAGGAUAGCCAGCAGGUCUGGCAACAGCUGCAGGAAUCCCUGCAGCUGCAGCGUCAGAAGCUGCGGCAGGAGCAGGAACAGGAACGGCAGGAAAAGGAGUUGUGGGAGGAGGAGGAUGUCUUCCUGGAGCAAGAGGACUCCUUGGAGCAGGACACCAUCAUGGACAUCAAGGUGGCUGCCGUCAUGAAGCAGGAGGGACCAGAACAAACCUCUGUGUCUGGGAAUGCUGCCCCUCCCCUCCCCCCUCCUCCCAUCAGUGCUACUCCUGGAUUCCCAACUUGA